ACACCAUUUCGCUCAGCCGUCCAUUUUCCGUCCGAGCGCCGCCGCCGCCACAGUUUUUCCAACCUUCGAACUGGGGCGCACAGCGAGGUUUUCACUUCGCUCAGCGCGAGUGAUUCGGUUGCGUUUUUAUUUUGUUGUUGUUGCUCGUGGUUAGUUGGUUGGGUGGUGACCUCCGUCCCGCUCGCAUCUCCGCAUCGCAUCUCCCUGUUGUCCGCUCCCUCUCCCCGAAAACGAACCAAAAACUUCGUCUUCGUGUGCGCGGAUAUUAUAGUGUGGCCGACGCCGUUGCCUGUGGAAAGUGCAGUGUGUGACAGAGUGUGUGAGUACAGUGUGUGACAGGCUAAGCAGGCCGUGAGUAGUGCGACGACGACGACGACGGACGGACGGAAGCGACGACCCAGGUGACGAACCAGCGAAACGGUGGUAGUGGUAGCAGCCGUAGCAGUAAACGACAGCAGUAACACACGUACACGUUCCCGCUCACGUAUGCGCUCCGUGUGCAUGUGUGGAUAGAUAGAAACGAUACGCACAUUGAGCAUCGUGAGGCCUCGUGAUCUAGGUUAGGUUUUCCUCGGGGCAGUGUGUGGCGACCGUUCUUGCUCCUCCGUCGACCGCAACCCGUCCACCACGCGAGUGCUUUUCCCCCCUGCGACGGCGGAGUGUGUUGCAACUGCGACGAAGUGUGAGCCCGGGAGGUGAUUGCAGCGGCCAGCCGUCAGCGAAUCAUCUCAGCGAAUUCGAGCAGUGUUUUGAUCCUGCAUCCAGCAGGUAGUUGCAGUGAAGUGAUUGUGUGAGUGUUUGUAAGUGUCUGUGUGUGUGUGCUUGUGUGUGUGUGUGCCGUCUGUACGAUGCUAUGAUCCAGUGCGAUCCAUCGCAUCGACUCAUCUGCCGUCGCUCGAUCGUCCAGCAAUUGCGAUGAGUCGACCGGUUCCGGUCCUGCUGCAUCGAUACGACGACGACGUAGGUGACGACAACGGGGACCGGGACGACUUCGGUGUGCAUCCGAAGCACGCAGCAGCAGCAGCAGCGUACCAGCACCAUCCGGCACGGUACGGCACGACGCAGUGGGAAGCAGAAGGCUUCGCUGACGGCCAUUGUUGGGACGGUAGCGAGCAGCGACGGCCACCGAGCGCACGCAGCGGCCCGCCGGUGGCGAUCUAGUGGUGGAGGAAGAAAUGAAAGAUGGCGCACAUGGCGGCAAUGCAGGCGGGCGGCGGCAGUUCGGUCGCGGCGGCCGCUCGUGCCGAUAGUACACACAUCAGCGGCGGUCGGUACGAUUUCGAAGACGGUGGAACAUUCUGUGGAGGGUGGGAGGAUAACAAGGCCCACGGCCACGGAGUUUGUACGGGUCCAAAGAACAAAGGUGCUUAUUCCGGAGCAUGGCAUUACGGUUUCGAGGUGGCGGGGAUAUAUUGCUGGCCAAGUGGCUCCACAUACGAGGGCCAUUGGCAAAAUGGUAAAAGACAUGGGUUGGGUUUGGAGGUUAGGGGCAGAUGGGUGUACAGAGGCGAAUGGACGCAAGGUUUCAAGGGCCGGUACGGCGUGCGGCAAAGCGCCUCGUCGACGGCCCGGUACGAGGGCACGUGGGCCAACGGGCUGCAGGAUGGCUACGGCUCGGAAACGUACGCCGACGGAGGCAGCUACCAGGGCCAGUGGCAGCGGGGCAUGCGGCACGGGUACGGUGUGCGCACGUCCGCCCCGUUCGGCAUGGCCGCCCGGUUUCGGCCCAAAUCCGUGCGCUUAUCGAUGACCUCGCUGCGCAGUGCGGACGGUGGCAACCAGGCCCCGACGCCCGAUCCGGGCGAAAAGCGCAACCAUCGGAUCGACGAUGCGCGCGGCGGCUUCGUGCUGAAGGCGAAAUCGGACGAGACGCCGGUCCGCCGCAACAGUUUGGUGGAGAAAACAAAGAAAGGACUUUUAUCGGGACUCAAAAUUAGGAAACAAAAAAGUACGGGAGACUUGGAGAAACGUGGCACGGGCACGGGUAGCAUUCGGUCUACGGCGUCGACCGCGUCCUGGUUGAGUACGGAAUCAUCACAAUCGGGAAUGACAAAUAAGUAA